GAGUCGGACGCGUACUCUCGAGAAAUUAAGCAAACUAAAUAAAUAACAAAAUAUAUUUUUAACACGAAAUUCUGAACUUUAACCAAACGUACGUGUGUGUGUGUGUGUGCGUGCGUGUGUGAAUUAUGACUGUAACCGCAUUUGCUGCCGCCAUGCAUAGACCGUUCUUCAAUGGAUAUACAGCAAUGCAGGACAUGAACAGCGGACAAGGACGCGUUAAUCAGCUUGGCGGUUUGUUCAUCAACGGACGCCCAUUGCCCAAUAAUGUACGCUUGAAGAUUGUAGAGAUGGCCGCCGAUGGCAUACGUCCAUGUGUAAUCUCUAGACAGCUGCGCGUCUCGCACGGCUGUGUGUCCAAGAUAUUGAAUCGCUACCAGGAGACGGGCUCCAUACGCCCGGGUGUUAUUGGUGGCUCCAAGCCGCGCAUUGCCACGCCCGAGAUCGAGAAUCGCAUUGAGGAGUACAAGCGCAACAAUCCUGGCAUGUUCUCCUGGGAGAUACGCGACAAGCUCAUACGCGAAGGCAUCUGCGAUCGCAGCAUGGUGCCCUCCGUCUCGGCCAUAUCGCGCCUGGUGCGCGGACGCGAUGCGCCCAGCGACGGCGAGACCGGCAAGCAUGCCGCCGGAAGCUCCUGCAGCUCCUCCGAUCUAUCCAACCACAACAACAGCAGCAGCAACAACAACAACAAGCCCUCCGAUGAGGACAUUUCCGACUGCGAAAGUGAGCCGGGCAUUGCGUUGAAGCGCAAGCAGCGCCGCUGUCGCACCACAUUCUCGGCCACGCAGCUGGAGGAGCUGGAGCGCGCCUUUGAGCGCACACAGUAUCCGGACAUUUUCACACGCGAGGAGCUGGCUCAGCGCACCAAUCUCACCGAGGCGCGCAUCCAGGUGUGGUUCAGCAAUCGACGCGCGCGUCUGCGCAAGCAGCACACCUCCGUCUCGGCGAGCAGCGUCAGUGCGCCCGUCUCCAUCUCCGCCAGCAGCAGCAGCAGCAGCAUAACGCCGCUGGCCAUGAUGCCCAUGCCCCCCAGCAUUGAUGCCAUCUAUCAGCAGCAGCAGUAUGACUUCUAUAGCGGCGCCUCCGCCGCUGCUCCGCCGCCGCCACCGCCGCACGUGGCCAGCGUCAUGAGCAGCAAUCAUCUAUCGCCCAUCUGCAGCAACUUAUCGCCGCAUACGCCGCCACCGACGGCCACGUCGCAUCAUCACCAUCAUCAUCAGCAGUACUACAAUCCAGCGGGCAGCAGCUACAUCCCGUCCAGCGCCAGCGCCGGCGAGCAACUGCAGCAACUGGAGCAGGCGCACUACGAGAGCCAGCAGCUGGGCUCCGUCUACAGCACUGAAUCUGAGCCACAUCAGACAAUGCCACGUAACGAGAGUCCCAACGAGUCUGUCUCCUCCGGCUUUGGCCAGCUGCCGCCCACACCCAACAGCCUCAGCGCUGUGCCCGUGCUGGCCUCAGCUGAACCAACUGCCGCCCAGCAGCAGCAGCAGCAGCAACAGACGCUCAGCAGCAGCGAAGAUCUGUCAGCUGCACUCAAGGUGGAGCUGUAUAACAACUGGAGCAGCGGCAUGCACAGCAUGCGUCCCAAUGCGCCGCUCUCACCCGAGGAUUCGCUCAACUCCACCUGCUCCAACAGCAAUGCGCUUGAGGUGUCCGCUGCCUCCGCCUCCGCUUCAGUUUCAGCCUCAGCUGCUGCCGCCGCCGCUGCCAGCGCACACCAAAUGUUCCACACGUAUCAUCAAAGUGCCGCUCCAUAUGCCACGGCCUAUGCCACUGGCGGCACACAUGCGCAUCAUCCACAUCAUCCGCAUGCGCAUCCCCAUGCCCACAGCCAUCCCCAUGCACACGCCCAUGCGCAAUAUGGGACGCCUCAUUAUGCGGCAAAUUCGUCAACGCACUUCAUGCCACAAAACUUCAAUGCGGCCGCCUUUCCAUCGCCCUCAAAGGUCAACUAUGCUGCCAUGCCGCCCCAGCCGUUCUACCACUCCUGGUACUGAGCUCCCAGUCCAGCUCUCCACCACCUUUGACCUCGCCAAAGAUGCACCAAUUGCAGCCGCUAACUAUUGCUUACACCUAAACAUUAAGUUCUAGCUUUUAGUUUCAAUUAAUUUAUCGCCUUAAACUAAGCUAUUGAAA